CACAAGCAUCUCUAACACCAUUCAUAUUUAUAACCUCAAACUUUCACUGAAGAUUUAUUAAGCUUCAUUAAGCUACGCAGAACCAGUUCCAGGAACCCUACUCUUAUCUUGCACCCCAGGAAUCCUUUGCGACAGCUCCCAGCCCUGGACCAUGGCUUCUGGGUGAGGCUAAGGUCGAUUUUCGUCCCUUAUCGAUACGUGGAGGGUAGAGACCCUGCCUCCUACAGUACUGCGGGACGUCAAUUCACUGCAAUACACUCUUACUAUAUCCCAAUGCUUCGCCUUCCUAUCCUCCGCAAUCCCUCUCUGCGCGACCACUCUCACCCACGAACUACACCUACAGCGCACAACAGUUGUCCCUCACGCGCGCGCUCCUGAAUUCCAAAAGGACGCUCUCAAAUAACAAACUCUCCCAGGUGUACACCCGCGCGUGACGUGGAUUCUUUGUUGAAAUGGUGUUCUCCACAAACAACAUCGUUCAAGAGUAUCGACCACUGGCUCAACAUGGAGAGUCUCACAACGCCGCCCUUCUUGCUAAGGUCAACCGCGAGAUUCAAGAGAAUGGCAUCGUUAGACCGAAAGGAUACCAGGUCUCGUGGCACUCGAAUCCUGAGAUCGAGAAGCAUCACUUUGGCCAUGCGCAUCCAAUGAAGCCCUGGCGCCUCACUUUGGCCAAGGGUCUCAUCAUGUCUUAUGGGAUGCAUGCUGCAAUGGAUACGUAUGUCUCACGACUAGCAACAAGGGAGGAGCUGGAAGACUUUCACAGCGAAGAUUACCUAGAUUACCUGAAGACUGCAAAGGUGGCAAUGCCGGAUGAUGAGACACCGAAAGAUUACAAUCUUGGAGGUUCGGAUUGCCCGAUCUUUGAAGGUCUCUUCAACUACUGCUCCAUGUACGCCGGUGCUUCCAUCGACGCUGCUCGCAAACUUUGCAAUAAUGAAUCCGACAUCGCUAUCAACUGGUCGGGAGGACUGCAUCACGCCAAGAAAGCUGAAGCAUCGGGUUUCUGUUAUGUCAAUGACAUCGUGCUUGCUAUACUACAGCUCCUACGAAAACAUCCGAGAGUCUUGUAUAUAGACAUCGAUGUUCACCACGGGGAUGGAGUCGAAGAAGCCUUCUGGUCGACAGAUCGAGUCAUGACUUUGUCCAUGCACAAAUAUGAUGGUCUGAACUUCUUCCCCGGCACCGGAGACCUGGACCGAACUGGACCGGACAAUGAAGGCAACCCAGGAGCUCACCAUGCGAUCAAUGUCCCACUCUCAGACGGAAUCGAUGAUGACCAAUACGUUUGGCUGUUCAAAACCAUUGUCGGAAAGUGUGUUGAGAAAUUCCAACCGACGGCAAUUGUCCUUCAAUGUGGGGCUGAUUCACUUGCUGGAGAUCGCCUUGGUCGCUUCAAUGUACAAGUCCAAGGUCAUGGGGCUUGUGUUGCUUUCUGCAAGUCCCUCAACAUACCUCUGUUGCUUGUUGGCGGAGGAGGAUACACACCUCGAAACGUGGCACGAGCAUGGGCACAUGAAACUAGCAUUGCGAUCGGAUGCGAUGCAACACUCGAUCCUAUCAUCCCGGAGCAUACACCCUACAGAGAGCACUUCAGACACAACACCUUGUUCCCCACUCUGGAACAGAUUCUUGGCGAACCACGCGUGAACAGGAAUACCAAGAAGAAAGUCGAGGACAUUGUUUCCACCAUCACAGAGCAACUGAGAUUUGUCAACAGUGCGCCAAGUGUUCAAAGUCAGGUUAUUCCUCCCGACCUUACUGGACUUAAGGAUGAAGUCGAAGAUAUGUUGAGGGAGGAGAGAGAGCAGCAGGAAGAAGCCAGGCGACCAAAAGAACAGGGGUUGGGUGUACCAAUGGAAUACUGAAUGAUGUUCUUCAGACCAGCUAGGCGUAAGGAGGUUGGUUGUCUCGAGUCUUGGACAUUCGGCGUUUAGAUAGCACAGAAAAGAUGGAUGGAUAUGUGCGAAUGUGCCGAAAUGUACCAAUAUUCCGGAUAUUCCAAUCAAUCAAUGAUGACUUGUACAAAUUGUUUCUUUCUGUAGCAACCCUCCUCAUCUCUUUGUCCAAGCGUGAUGCUGUUUGAUUGUAUACGAUGUUUGAAAUGCAAGAAAGCCGCUCCAGUCUUCCAUUCCCUUCUAUGGUAGAAUCUAAACAAGUGUGGCUUCGAAGGCGUUGAGCUGAUGGGUAUCUAUUCUAAUCUCAGGGAUUGCAAUGGGGCCCUUUGAACCUCUAAACACUUCUAAUAAA